AUGAUUUUAACUAUUAUUCUUACAGUUUUCACUAUAAUAAGUGGAUAUAUUAUUAAUCUAUUAAUUAAAUAUCCAAACCGUGCAAUUGGUUCUACUGAUAGAGCAGAUUUAAAAGGACCAAGUGGUCUACCAAUUAUCGGGAAUUUACUUCUUAUAAGACGAUCAGAAAAUUAUUUAACUUUUCUCAAUGAUUUGUUUUUAAAAUACGGAAACGUCGUAACCUUUACUUUGCCUCAAUUUGGAAGGGUUAUUUUAUUAAAUUCACCCUCACACAUUGAAUGGUUUCUUAAAGAAAACUUUGAAAAUUAUGUGAAAGGCGAAAUUGGAUUAAAAAUGAUGCGAGAAUUUUUUGGUGAUGGAAUUUUUGGUUCAAACGGCGAAAUGUGGAAAUUUCAUCGAAAAAUUACCAAUCAAUUGUUCACUACUAAAAAUUUUCGUGAAAUUUUUUGUAAAGUAUUUGAACAAGAGACAAAGACAGCUUUAAAUAUUUUGAAUGAUGUAGCAAACAAAGAUGACACAAUCGAUUUACAAGAUUUAUUUUACAGAUUUACUUUGAAUACAUUUGGAAAAAUAUCCUUUGGAAUCGACAUGAAAUGUCUUGAACAAUUAAGUAAACCCUUACAUUUUGCCAUAGCAUUUGAUUAUGUGCAACUAGCUAUGUCUCAACGUAGAGAAAAUCCAUUUUGGACAUUUACCGAAAUUUUCUCAGAAACCGGUAGAAGAAUUAGAAAAGAAAUUAAAUACUUGGAUGAAUUUGCAUAUAAUAUUAUAAAAGAAAGAAAAUCAAAAAAAGCCAAUGACAGUGCAUCAUCAUCGAAUGUUUCAGGACGUGAUACAACUGCAAAUGCACUUACUUGGAUGAUGUAUAGUCUAAUGACAAAUCCAUCUGUAGAAGAUACCUUAGUUAGAGAAGUGAAUCAACUUUUGUCAUCAGAAGAAAAUCAAAUUCCAACAUUUGAUAGUAUCAAAAAUUUUCAUUAUGCUGAAGCGACAUUGUAUGAAACACUUCGAUUAUAUCCAGGUGUUCCAAAAAAUUCCAAGGUGUGUGUGAAACAUGAUAUUUUACCUGAUGGUACACAUGUAUAUCCUGGAGAAAAUGUUGCUUGGUCACCUUGGUGUAUGGGUAGAGAUAAAAAAAUUUGGGGUGAAAAUGCAUUACAAUUUUAUCCUGAUAGAUUCUUAACUUCCGAAGGUGUAUUGAAACCAUCUCAAUUUAAAUUUCCUGCGUUUCAUGCUGGUCCAAGAAUCUGUUUAGGACAACAAUUUGCUACUGUUGAAGCAUUAACAUUGGCUACAUCAAUGUUAAAAAAAUUUAGGUUUGAACUAAUACCUGGUCAAGAAUCACCUCCACCAUAUAUUUCUUCCAUAACCUUACCAAUGAAAAAUCCUUUAUUAGUAAAAGUUUAUCAUCGUGAUUCUUAA